CAGUUUCAUCUGUCAUAGCUUUGUUAUCUUUUACACAAGUUUAUAAUAAUGUCGAUUAACUAUUAUUAUAGUGAAUUAAUUACAGAAUGAGGACAUUAAGUGAAUGUUCUCUUAGCAGCCGCAAAUAAGUGAACCGAAACGUCUACCGUUGUCACCGUUAUCACUAAGUAAUUGCAUGACUCACUGGAUAUGUUGGACACAAUAGGUUUACUGGUGCUAACGGGUCUGCUGUGGGGGUGCACCAACCCCUUCAUCAAGCGCGGCACUAAGGGUCUGCGCGACGUGCGAGCGGGGACUUGGCCCGCACAGGCAUGGGCUGAAGUCUGCUUUCUGCUCGGGAACUGGAGGUACGUGUUGCCAUGGCUGGUGAACCAACUGGGCUCGCUGGCGUACCUGUUCGCCGUGCGUCGCGCGCCGCUCUCACUGGCGGUGCCGGCGGCCAACGGGCUGGCGUUUGCUGCCACCGCCGUCACCGGAGCCGCUGCCGGGGAUCAGCCGCUAGACAGAGGUUCGAUUCUCGGGAUAGCGCUGAUCGUGGCGGGCACGGCGCUGUGUUGCUGGGACCAGGUGGACUAGCCUCGGCUGUUGACGGGUUUUGUCACGUGAUAAAGAUGUGAUAAGACAUGCGUCUUUUCUAUCAUGUAAUGUGCAUUCCUUUGUCUGUGGAAGUAUUAAAAACAAAAUCAUUGUUUCCAUAUAAGUACUUUAUUAUAUCUCAUUUAAUUACUACGUCUAUUUAUUGCGUCUAAAUGUUUCAAUAAAUAUUGCACGUCCGUACGUAUCUUAUUUAAUUACAAAUAAAUAGGCACUGGAAAUAAUAUAUUUCGCAAAAUAUAAAAAAUAUACUUAAACACUACUUAUUACUUGCUUCGGGAGAUGUAGAAUUUGUUUCAAAUUUAAUUUAUAAUGUUAUGAUAAGAGUACACAAGUCCCGAACACAACUAUUACCUCAAUGUAUUUAAAUAAUACACCGAAUUACAAAUAUACUUUUA